AUGAGUGAUAUCGAAGUUAUCGAAGAAAUUCAAUCACUCGGAUGUGGGCAUUACAAGCGGAAGUGAGCCCUCCAGUGCUCUGAAUGCAAAGAAUUCCACAUCUGUCGUUUCUGUCACGAUGACAUCCAUGAACAUAACAUCAAAGAUCUUAAAAAAUCGCAUAAAAUAGACAGGCAUAAUAUUGAAGCGGUGAAAUGUCUUGAAUGAGAGCACGUCCAAAAGCCUGAUCAGACUUGUGAGAACUGUGGAAUCGAAUUUGCUAAAUAUUUUUGUCCUAAAUGUAACCUGUACGAUGAAGAAGGUGAAGAAAAGGAACUUUAUCAUUGAGAUGAUUGUAAAAUAUGUAGGCAAGGAGGCGGAGACAAUUCCUAUCAUUGUCAAGGAUGCGACAUAUGCCUUCCCAUUAGUAUGAGAGAUGAGCACCAAUGUACUAAUUUCCGCAAUGUCCAGUGUCCAAUUUGCUUUGAAGAUUUCUUUAGCAUCAGAGAUUCUGGGUGAAGACUUAAGUGAGGUCACUUACUUCAUUCAGAAUGCUUUGAUGAAUAUUUUAAAACUAGUUUCUCGUGCCCUAUAUGUAAGAAGUUUCCAUUUGACAAUGAAACAAAGCUGAAAAUCUAUGCUGGCAUUGAUGAACAAAUAGAUAACACUUUAAUGAGUGAAGAAUUACAAAACCUCACAGUAGACAUCCUCUGUAACGACUGUAACAAAUAUUCGCUCACAAAUUUCAAUGUAGUUGCCUUAAAAUGUCCUGAAUGCUUAGGUUAUAACACAGCCCAAGUAAGAUCCCAAGACUCAAACGAGGCGCCUUCCUAA